GAUAUGAAAAUCGAAUGCUCAACAAAGAAGACUUUAAUAAUGAUGCCAAAGAUGGCGGUGAGCUUGGAUUGGGUCACCAGAUGACAGCCAUUUAUGAGAUCGGGACAACAGCUUCUGCGGCUGAUGGAAUAUUGAGCGUGGAUCCAUUAAAAUACCAAUCGAAUUCCAAAAAAGAUAAAAACCUUGGCAAUCCUUCUGGUGGCAAAAAAGAUGAAAAGCCACCUGUCAUGGACUCACUCCGUUCAGUAGCUGGCCGUCAAGUCAAGUUCAAGCCUAGGGAACUGGUAUUUUAUUUCGAUGAAUUUAUCGAAGUGAAAGAUGCAACCAAACAAGUACUGGUCUCUCCACCGCUCACCUACAUACCCAAAAUCAAAGCCAAAGGCAAAAGACUGAGUUUUAUAUUUGACGAAAAAGAAGUACUCAAAGAUGAUGCGACUUAUACCAUCAAUUUUGGAGACGCCAUUGUAGAUUACCAUGAAGGCAACAAGCUGAGCAACUUCACGUACGUCUUUUCUACUGGUCUUUUUCUAGAUAGUCUCAAUGUAGCUGGCAAGAUUAUCAAUGCACAAAGUCAUAAAGGAGAAGGCGAAAUGAUCGUAUUUUUGUACGACAAGACGGCGGAUACGAUCGUCAAAAAAGAAAAACCAUUUUACUUUGCAAAACCUGAUAAAGAUGGAUUCAUUCAGCCUACCGAAGGCCAUGUAUAUCUCAAUGAUGAAGAAGUAACUCGAGAUGCCAUGUAUCGACGUGCACAGAAAGGCGUCGGAUAUCUGCCUCAAGAGCCUAGUGUAUUUCGCAAGUUAUCGGUAGAAGAUAAUAUCAAAGCUGUGCUGGAAAUGACUGAACUUUCUAAAGCAGAACAAAAAGACAAAUUAGAAUCCUUGAUUUCUGAGUUUCGACUGGAUAAGGUCAGAAAAAAUUCAGGAGACUCAUUGUCUGGUGGCGAACGUCGUCGUACAGAGAUCGCACGUUCACUUGCGUCGAGUCCCAAGUUCAUACUAUUGGAUGAGCCAUUUGCUGGUAUCGAUCCGAUCGCAGUCGAGGAUAUCCAAUAUAUCGUCGCAAAACUCAAAACUAAAAACAUCGGAAUCCUCAUCACUGACCACAAUGUACAGGAGACACUUUCUAUCACUGAUCGUGCAUACCUGAUGUUUGAAGGCAAUAUCCUCAAGGCAGGUACCGCUGAAGAACUGGCUGAAGAUGAA